AUGCGCUUCACCACGGUAGUGGAACCUUUAUAUAAGAUGAUACCGGCCGCAGAUAUUGAGACACUUCCAUCCCCGGAAGUGUUGUAUCAUCGUCGCUCCUCGGAAGUCUGGUCUGAUAGCUAUCAUGAUCAAAAGAAAGAGGAUAGAGAGUCAAGUGAAGGACUUCUCUCGAAAACCCACUCUCUCGCUCCCUCAAAAACGAGACUUUUGUUCAAGAAUCUACUGGGGAUGUCGGUUUUAUUCUUAAUUCUUUUGAAUGCUCUACAAUUGAUCUUGAUUCUAUCGACCAGCUCUAGGUCCUUGAAAGAAUGUCUUGCUUCACCAGACAUCCCAGAACUCAGUCUCGAGCGCUCUCAAACCCGUCGGAUCGCUCGCACCAGCCCUUUUACUUCACGCAAUGUCACAGACGGUAAUGAAGCCUGGCACAACAUUUUACCUGGCCAUGGUGUCGUCGCUUUACCAGAAUCAUAUGUCAAAAAGAACAAUAUACCCGAGUCAACUGCAACUCAUCUGUAUUCUGGUGAUACGGAGCCCAAACACAUCUAUUUUAUUGAAUCUUAUCAUGUUCUACAUUGCCUCCGCAUGCUUCGCAGCCUCUACCAUUCUAUGGACUACGGACUACCCAAAGAACCAUAUCUUCCUCCAUUAGAUCACCCUUACCACUGUUUCGAUCGAAUCCGUCAAUUCAUCAUGUGUAAUCCAGAUUAUACACUAGUACCCAAUAUAGCAGGACACGAUAAAUCAGACUGGACACAACCGAACAAGAAGUGUCUGGAUUGGGAUGCAUUGAGAGAUUGGGCGGAAAAGUAUCAUGGGAGUUACAUGGAUGAUUUUGCACUUUCGGCCAAAGAGAAACAGGAAAUGGGGUACGAUGAAGUGAAUAUAUAUAACAAUUAUAAAAAGGGUGAUGGACUGCCGGUAGGACAGCUUUAG